GCCAUGUCCUACUUCAUGGCUCCACAAACUCAUCCAGCUCUUGUUCCUUCCAGUCAAGGUGGGGCCGCUUCUCCAGGCUCGUCCCUUGGCCUCUAUAGUCCUGGAGAGCCAGUGGCCUCUGGCGGACUAGGCCCCCUGAGCCAGAAAGCUGAGCAGGUGGCCUCUGUUACCCAGGCCUGGGGCCCGACCAUGGCAGUGCCAGAAGCCAGGGGCCGCCCUGGGGGGGCUAGCUGGGAGACACUGCAGCAGGAGGAGUACGGCCGAUACUGCCACAAAUUCCCCAACGCGAGGCAGCCGGAGAGCUUGGGCUGGGAGGAAGGCUGCUCCAGAGGCAGAACGCCCCACCUGGGUGGCCCCAGCAGGCCUGGGCCCCUGCUGCUGUAUGGGCUGUCACCAGGGGGCCUGCCGGUGCCCUGUGAGGCAGGGGGGAAGGAGGCCAGCUCCCAACCUGACAUCUGCAUCCUAACCCUGGCCAUGAUGAUCGCUGGCAUCCCCACCGUGCCCGUCCCGGGCCUGCGGGAAGAGGACCUGAUCCGGGCAGCUCAAGCUUUCAUGAUGGCCCAUCCGGAGCCAGAGGGGGCUGUGGAGGGGGCGCAGUGGGAGCAGGAGCAUGCACACAAAGCCUCUGGGCAGAUGCCCCUAGUGAGGCCCAGGAGGGGCGAGCCUCCCGGCUCCUGCUUGUAGCUGGAUGAAAUAGCACCAGACACGUA